AUGGUUGCUACCAUCUUCGACGACCGCUGCCAGGAGCUGCGUUCUCCUGGCAUCCUCAAUUUGACCAUCUCCAUCAUCAUUCUCGUCGGUCUUCUUGUCUCCUACCUUCCCCAACACUAUCGCAUCAUCGCCAGAGGCACCUCCGAGGGCAUCUCGCCAUGGUUCGUUCUCCUGGGAACCACUUCAGCCACGGCUGGAUUCGCCAAUAUCCUGACCGUUCCACCUUCUCGACGUGAUAUCCAGUGCUGCAGUGAACUUGGCACUUUCGAAUGCAUUGCGGGACUCUUGGGCAUCGCUCAGCUUGGCGUGCAGUGGAUCUCUUUUGCGCUGAUCCUCGUCCUCUUCCUCGUCUUCUUCCGUUACGGAGACGCCAAUAUCCCCGAUGAAGAGCUGGCCGACGACCCGCCCUCCAAGGGCACCGCCAUUAUGGUCGGCUCUGCUUGCCUGCUCCACGGCCUCCUUGUCAUCAUCCUGACCGGUGUCUUCAGCAUCGCCCUCCAUGACCACCUCGACUUUUGGGCAAACUUCCUCGGAGUUAUGGCCGGUGCCCUUGCGGCAAUCCAAUAUAUCCCCCAAAUAUGGACAACCUAUCACAUCAAGCACGUCGGCAGCUUGAGCAUUCCGAUGAUGUGCAUCCAGACCCCUGGUGGCUUCCUGUUCGCCGGCAGCCUGUUCGCGAGAUUGGGUUGGGAAGGUUGGAGCACCUGGGGCAUCUUUGUCCUGACGGCCCUCAUGCAGGGCAUUCUCUUAUGCAUGGCCGUCUAUUACGAAUUCCAGGAGCACCAUCCUGAGCCACAGUCCCCGGGCGCAGUCGACGAGCCCAGGCGACCCAACCCCAUCAGGACGUACUCUGAAGGAUGGGAGCAGGGUCUUCCCGGUCCCUACACGGCUCAUCCCGAAAGGUACGCAGAUACCGAGGAGGAGCUGGAGCGUUUACGUGACAGAGAAGAGAGGCAGGUUGCGAGAGAGACAAGGCCUCUUCUGCGCCCGGGCGGCAUCGGCGACCCGCACAAGAACUACAACACCACGCAUGAUGACUGA